AUGGCGGCGCGGCCCCCGCCCCGUCCCCGGCCCCCUCACUGCUCUCACACACAGAGGCGCCGGGAGUUCACCGGCUGCGGGCCGCUGCCGGGCGAAGUGGCGGUGCUAGCCAAGCCCACCAAGAGAGACCUGUUCGAAGAGACGAUUUUGGCCGAGAGGGCGCUGGAGGAGGAGCAGCGUGAGUAUGAACGUGACCUGCGGAUGCUCCGCCACUACCGCAGUGUCUCCGACUGGCACAAGGGCGGCGAGGAGAAAUGGAUGCAGCGCGCCGCCGAGAGGAAGGUCCGGGCCACGCUGCAGCAGUACCUGAAGGAGGUCGAAGCUGGAGAGUCCUGCUCUCUCAGGAGAGAAGGAACUUUAGGAGAGAUGCUCCUGUUGGGAGGGGUGCUGCAGUCCCUCAGUGUCCCUCCACUGUCACCCUCUGCCGAGGCCGUGUCCUUGCGGCUCCGUGACUUUCUGGAGGCAGAGGAGAGCAGGCACCUUGCUGAGGUGAAUGCACUUGAUGAGGAAAAGGCACAGCAGAAAGAAGCAAACUUGAAGGAACAAGCAAAAUUACUGAAGGAGAAGAGGGAGCAAGAGAGACUGCAAGUUGUGGCUGAAAAACGAGAGCAACAGUUCAGAAACCGAUGUCACGAGUAUCGCGAACACUGUAAAAAACUGAGUGAGAAGGAGCUGGUUGACUGCCAGCUGGCCCAGCAGGCUCUGAAGGAGAUGCUGAAAGAGGAAGAGAAGAUGCAGGAGCGGGAGUUGGAAGAGAUUUGUGAGAAGGAGCUGCUGGCUAAGGACCAGGAAGCGGAGCUGAAGGCGCAGGAGGCGGCAGCGCGGAUCCGGGAGAUGGUGGAUGUGCUCGAUGCCCAGGUGGCCGUGCAUGCCGCUCGCAGGGAGGAGAAGAAGCAGGAGAUCAGACAGGAGGCUGAAAGGAUGGAAAAAGAGCUGCACCAGUUCAGGAAAGAAAAUGAAGACCUUGAGAGGAAGAAGCUGUAUCAGCAGAAGAAAUGCAGGGAGGUGUUGCUCAAAGCAGUGCAGGACAGGCAGAAGCAUCUUGAUGCAGAAAAACAAAUUCAACUUGCCGAAGAGAAGGCGGCCUUGGAAAAUGAUUUGGAGGACACCGACAUGGAAUAUGAGAAGAUAAGAAAUAAAAAACAAACGCUGUUGAAGGAGCAACUUUCUUACCUGGAUCAUCUGGCUGAACAGCUGAGGAAGGAGAAGGAGCAAGAAAGAGAGGAUGAGCAGAUCUUCAAGGAAGAGAGAGAUAAGAUUUGGGCCGAGAGGGUUGAGAAACAGAAACGAGAGAGGGAAGCUCGGUUUCACACGCUGAGAGAUGUCCUGAUCGCACGGCAGACGCAGGUGGAGGAGAAGUCAAAGCCUGGUAAAAAAAAAGAAGAAAGGAAAAUAGAGAUUGCUAAAGAGAAGAAGGCAAUGGCUGAAGCAGUCAGAAAAUUUGAAUAUGAGGAGGAAGAAGAACGUAAAAGAAAAGCACAGAAGGCCAAAGAGUACAGAGACCAGCUCACAGCUCAAAUUGCCUAUCAACAGUUGCUCCAAAAAGCUGAAGAAGAGAAGAGGAAGAAAGAAGAAGAAUCAAAUAUGGAAGCAGAGAGACAGUACCAAGAACAGAUACAGUUCAUUCAGUCAAUGACCUACAAGUUUGAAGUAAAGCCCCCCACUGCAGAAAAGGCACUAAGGCCUGCCUCUUAA